GAGCAUUCUCCAUUGUCUGCCACCGUCCAUCUCGUCAGUAGGAAAAAGAAGCGCGCCUCAAAGGCCUGCUCGUGUUGCCGGACUCGCAAAAUCCGCUGCGAUGUGCUCAAGACGGGCGUUCCCUGCACAAAGUGCCAGCUCGAUGGCUUUGAAUGCGCCGUCCAGGCCCGCAAGAAGAGGCGUGGGAAGAAUGAGACGGACAAACCAUCGCCAUCGCCAAAUCAAGAGCUGACCAUCACCGGUGCGCCAAGGCCGUCGUCGCCACGCUCAAUACCGCAUCAUGCCAUGCUUCACCAGGUUCCGCACUAUCCUUUCUUCCGCAGCUUUGCCCCUGAGAGCCAGCCGUCUUUGCUGGCCGUCUCGCAGGAUAGCCGCCGUCUCUCGGGGUCCAUCAAGCAUUCCAGACUGGAUGAAGACGAUAUCCAGUAUCUCAAACGGAAGGGUGCUCUCAGCCUCCCCCCAAAGGGCGUCAUGGACGAGUUUGUGUCCAACUAUUUCCAGCUCUUCCACCCAUUCUUCCCCAUCCUCGACAAGUCCAGCUUCCUGGCCAGCUACUACAGAAGUGACCGUGGUGCUGCUGCAGCUACUGCUCACGGCCCGAGUUUGCUGCUUCUUCAGGCCAUCAUUUUCACGGCCAGUGCGACGGUGCCCAUGAGUGUUGUACGAGACGCUGGCUUCACAACUCGAAAAGAGGCAAGAAUCGUACUCCACAAAAGAGCACGGUAUCUAUACGAAUUUGAUUUCGAGUCAGACAACAUCGCAAACAUACAAGCACUCCUUCUACUGAGUCACUACUACCCAUCCAUGGUUGAGCAAAAGCACACUUGGUUUUGGAUCCACCAAGCCAUUAGUCUUGCUCAAGGACUUGGGCUGCACCGAAAUGCCAGUCAAGAGCCCCAGCGCAAACUUUGGGCCAGAAUAUGGUGGGCAUGUCUGGUGAGAGACAGGCUCACCACGCUCGGCACGGGGCGGCCAAUGCACAUCAACAGUCUGGACUGCACGGUGCCAAUGCUCACGCUUGAUGAUCUGAAAGAGGAUGGCGACAGCGAAGAUGACCGAACAGUCAAGCAAUUUUUCAUCGAGUUUGUCAAGCUUUGCCAGUACAUGGAGGGAGUGCUGUCGCUCCCUCACAACAUCGCGACGGAACCGGGAUCACUGCUCGAACAGAUUAGCCUCUGCGAAGACACCCUUCAGCACUGGCGUCUGAAUUUAGUCCCGUGCGCGAGGCUGCACGAAACAAAUGGAAGAGAUUUUGACAAACGGGGUAUCUGCACUCUCUACAGGACACUCCUACAUCUGAUGUACAAGUAA